GAUAAAACUGACAAUUUCACAUGUGAGCUCUAAUGAAGUGGUAGUUUAUGGUCUGUAGUGUAAUCAAAACAUAAAUAUGGAGACAUUCAACUCACAUCCCGGCUUUUGUCCAGUAUGUGGAUCCAUUCUUCCGCAAUUAAAUACAGUAGGAUAUGUUGUAUGUUACAAUUGCAAAAAGGAAUUUCCCCCUGACGUUUUUGGAUCGCAAGACGUUGAGUACACUAUACACUUCAACAGUUACAAUCCAGAAAAGGUAUUUGACAAAACUAAAAGCUACCCAGAUGAUGAAGCUGAAGGACCGGUUGUUGAACGCAAAUGUCCAAAAUGUGGCAAUAUGCAAAUGUCUUAUGCGACACUGCAGCUGCGUUCUGCAGAUGAAGGGCAAACUGUGUUCUUUACAUGCCUUAAGUGCAAAUUUAAGGAAUCUGAAAACUCAUAACUUCGAUGGAAAUUUAAUAUAUGUGUUUUUAUUUAGGUUAUUUCAUUGCACUAUUUGCACUACAUAUACAAUUUUUUUAUAGUAAAUGCAAGAUCAAUAAAAAACGCUAUGUCGCAUUUUUUGUUAUUA